AUGUCGGCGGGGCUGGAGCGGCCGCAGGUGGUGGCGCACGUGCAGCAGGCGCUGCCCUUCACGCUGUUCGACUGCAAGUGGGUACCCCGCAGCGCGCGCCUGCUCUGCCUGGGCAGCGCCGCGCGCGGCACCGGCCUGAUCCACCUGUAUGAGCUGCGGGGGGGGCGCCUGGCGCUGCUCAGCGAGAUUGAAAAGCCCAAAUCUAUAAAAUGUGGAACUUUUGGUGCUACAUCUCUGCAGCAAAGAUAUUUGGCUACAGGAGAUUUUGGUGGAAACCUUAACAUAUGGAAUUUAGAAGCUCCUGAAAUACCUGUGUAUUCUGUGAAAGGUCAUAAGGAAAUCAUAAACAGUAUAGAUGGUGUAGGAGGCUUAGGAAUUGGGGAAGGUGCACCAGAAAUUGUGACUGGCAGUCGAGAUGGAACUGUGAAGGUAUGGGACCCGAGACAGAAGGAGACUCCUGUCGCAAAUAUGGAACCUGUACAGGGGGAGAGCAAAAGAGACUGCUGGACAGUAGCAUUUGGCAAUGCUUACAAUCAAGAGGAGCGUGUUGUGUGUGCGGGAUAUGACAAUGGGGACAUUAAAUUAUUUGACUUAAAAACCAUGUCACUGCGAUGGGAGACCAACAUUAAGAAUGGGGUUUGCAGUGUGGAGUUUGACAGAAAGGAUGUAAAUAUGAACAAGCUAGUGGCCACAUCACUUGAGGGGAAAUUUCAUGUUUUCGAUAUGAGAACUCAGCACCCAACCAAAGGUUUUGCUUCUGUUUCAGAGAAGGCACAAAAAUCUACCAUAUGGCAGGUUCGGCACCUGCCACAGAACAGAGAUAUAUUUAUGACAAGUGGAGGAGCUGGGAGCCUUCAUCUCUGGAAAUACGAGUACCCAGCUCAGCGCUCGAAGAAGGAUUCUGAAGGAGCCGAGAUGGGGGUGGCGGGUUCAGUCAGCCUCUUGCAGAAUGUGACUCUGUCAACACAGCCUAUUUCUAGCCUCGACUGGAGCCCUGACAAAAAAGGACUGUGUGUUUGUGGUGCCUUUGACCAAACUGUGAGGGUACUGAUAGUUACCAAGCUUAACAAAGUUUGACAGGAGAACUAGAAUUUCAGAUGAGAAAGCAAUAUAGUUUGCAGUCUGUAAAUAUGGAAGGGAGAGCCCUCCUGUUUCUAAUUUUAUUUCUCCCUUAUUAAAACUGGAUUAAAGAAAUAGAAACCAGAUCUUUCUAUUGAAAGUUCAGAUACUUGCAGUUAGAGUUGUUUGACUGUGCCACGAUGUGAAGUUGCUUGGGCACAAAACUUUAAUCUUCUAGAAAUGUGAAUUUACAUUUAAAAUAAAACGUGCCUUUGUGUUAACACAACCUGUAAUUUUAGAAAUCACUUUAAGUUGUUUGUGUUCAGGUUAAUCACAGUGCAAAUCUGUUCCCACUUGUUAAAUGGUUUGGCUUUUUUAUAUAUAUAUACUGUCCAUAUGCAUUCAUGCAAUGGAAACUACUGUAUACUCCCUCACAGAAACUGUGUUUUUGGAUAUAUUAAUUAGAAUGUUUGUUAAAGUGUUUCUUUAAUAUACUGUAGAAACUCUAAUGAAUGCCAAAAUAUUCAGGUUGAAUGGAGUAAGCUUCUUAUUGAAGAUCUUAUUGAAAUUAAACUAUUGAGAAAACGCACUGUUUUAUUUUAGUUAGGUUUCAUAAAAAGUUUUUAUGUUCUGUUGUUUUUAUAUCUGUUUGUAACUUGCUAUUCUACAAAUAAAAUUACAUGGAGUGUUGUCUUAGUACAAACAAAGUAUAUUAUUCAGACAUCCAAAGAUUUAGAGAAGGAAUGUACUUGUAUAGAUUUACAGGAGCAGUGUGCAGUACUUACGUAAAAUUUACUCAUUUUUCAACAAGAGUUGCUAAAACUUACCUCCAUUGUGAAAGACCCUAAGGGAGCCAAUGUACGGGUUUUUCUUCAUUAACAGAUUCCAUAUUUCUUCAAAACCUAAUGUGACAGAGUACCUUCCUUACUAUCGUUUCACUUCAGUUUGUCUUUGUGAUUCCCCUUAUCUCCAAUGUUGCCAGUGUGUGCUGCUGCCAGUUUUUAGCAGGUGCAUCCAGCUGCUGUCCUCUGUCUGUGGAUGUUGGUGGAGGCUUUCUUAAUUUCAGUAAGCUCUAAUGAUUUCAUUUGUCAUUUCUUUGUUAGAUAUUAGCUUUCAGCUGACUUGUAUGUGCAUAUGCAAAUUACAGGUGAAAGCAUUUAACUACUUCUGAAAUCAGAUAAUGAUGGGAGAAUGUUGGCUUUGUCCAGGUUAACUACCAAAGAGCUUCUGUGUGGUCAUUUGCAGUGAAGUUCUGUAUUCUCAGGCUUCAGAAUUGGUACCUGACAAAUUUAUGGGGGCCACCUGUGCUGCCUCAAGCCUGACCUUUCACUGCUGAAACCUAGA